AUGGACGAGUCGAACGCAACAUUGGAGCCUGCGGAUUCCAGUGAUACCAGCGGCGCUAUUACUACGGUGGACUACGCGAAGAGCUUUCACCUACGCUUCGCAGGAAACAGCACGGUCCGCAAGAAACGGCGGCCAAAGCUGCGGCAGAGACGAGAAGGCGCGGACAACGACACGUCCUCGGAGGAAGAGUACGAUUUCGACGGAGACGAUGCGGAAUUGCAGAGAGACGACAGAGUUGUUGAUGUACUGGACUCUCAAGUAAUGAGAAUGAAGCUGAGCCAACGUAUUCAAGGAGACCCAGUCAACAUUCCAGAGCCCACCACAGAGACCUUAGUACACCAGGAAACUGAUUUGGAUGGCACCCCUACAGACAGACCCACCACACAAGGUGCAAAUAGAAAUGUCCAGGAGAAGGCUGAGCCUACAAAUCCCAGUGAAGGAGAUGAUCAACCAGCUACAGAUGAAUCCAGCAAUGAUCCGGAUGCCUUCCGAUUCUACCCGAGUGAAUUGGAGCCUUUUCUUCCACCAGACAUUUCCAAUCGUGCUCAGGAAGCAAUCGAGGAUCUCAUCAGCGAAACAGAGUCCUCCAGAGCAGACCGUGGGUGCUGCAGCCUAACACUACAGUGCUGUUCGGCUCUCCAACCUCGCAGAUUUCCUGGAGACGGUUACAUACCGUCAUUUACGCCGCUUUUAGAAAAAGUGAGUCGCCAAGGUCUCCGAGCAAUGUUUUUUUUCCUCAACCCCUCUCUUCCACGAAUCUUCCGUGAUGCCUGGGUUUUGAUCGAGCUGGCGGUCACCCUGUAUCAGUUUUUCCUGGCCUGUGCAUCUCUCGUACAGAACCACGUUGAGGUUUUCAACAUCGUGUACAUCUGCUUUGCAUCCGUUGCAUUGGUUCUGUCGUUAGUAGACGUAAUGAUCCACUGUGUUCAACUCGGGUCAUUUUCGUUAUGUCUGCUCUAUUGCCGUUCAAAAUUCAAAUCAAAGAACCAAAACCCAAGCAAUGUUUCCAACCCCGAAUCGAUUCAGUCCUGCUGCCUGCUCGGUAAAAAAUGGACAAAAAGAAUCAACAACUCUCUGGAACUUAUCCGGAAUAUUGUGUCCGAGCUUCUUCUUUAUCCCCUGCUCAUCUGUGACAUGUUUGAUUUCAUCGUCUCGGGAUCCUUCCGCCAACAAGAUUCUGGCGAAAAAAUCAACUUCAGUCUCUUCAUCGUGGGCGGUUUUUACCUCGUUCUCUCGGUUUACCUCGUACGGAUGUUAAUGAUAGCCUUUUCGCUUUACUCGCUUCGUCGCAUCCCUCAAAGCAGCAGCCACACCCAGAAAUCGUACGUGAACAUGAUGAUAAAGUUUGGAGUCCACGUCAUGGGACAAAUGUUGCUCAGUGUCGUGGCCAUUGCUGCCAUCGGUGUAAAAAUCAGGCACGAGAAUCCGACACCAUGUUCAAACUGCAUCAGUGCCAGCGGUUACCUCAUUUACGCCAUUAUUGCAGGGGGCAUUCUCCCACUCCUUGGCAUAUUCUCGUUCUUCUUCAUCAACAUGUACAAGAUCAAGGUGAUGUCGGUUUCCAUGUGGGUGGACAUGGUUUCACUGCUACAGUGCGAAUCCUUCACGAGCGUGGUAUUUGCAAAGGAGGGCAUCCACAAGGCAAAGGAAACGGCGUCGAACUUUGCCAGAAAGGUCCAGUUGGUGGAA